AUGGUUGCCUCAUACUCCGGUCUUUUGACAGCCAUCUGUGCUCUCGCCGGCUCUGCCGCUGCAGUGACCCCCCUCAAGGUCCAAGGCAAGGACUUUGUGAACUCCAAGACGGGUGACCGUUUCCAGAUCCUGGGUGUCGAUUACCAGCCUGGUGGCUCCUCGGGGUUCUCCAAGGACAGUGAUCCAUUGAGCAAUGGCGACAUCUGCAUGCGCGAUGCCGCCCUCAUGCAGCGUCUGGGUGUCAAUACCAUUCGUGUGUACAAUCUCGAGCCCUCCCUCGAUCACAACAAGUGUGCCUCGAUCUUCAAUGCGGCCGGUAUCUACAUGAUCCUCGACGUGAACUCGCCUCUCACCAAUGGUUAUCUGGAUCGGACCGCCCCCUGGACCACCUACACCAACGCCUACUACAAACAGGUGUUCGGUGUCGUCGAGGCCUUCAAGACCUUCGAUAACGUCCUCGGCUUCUUCGCCGGAAACGAAGUGAUCAAUGAGGAUGCCACUCGUUUGGCUCCCGCUUAUGUGCGCGCUGUCAUCCGGGAUAUGAAAGACUACAUCGCCAAGCAGGCCGACCGUGCCAUCCCCGUUGGCUACUCUGCAGCUGACGUCCGCGAUAUCCUGAUGGACACUUCCAAUUACUUCGAAUGCGACAUGAAGAACUCCACCAGCUCGCGCGCCGACUUCUUCGGUCUGAACUCCUACUCCUGGUGCGGUGAUGCCUCCUACAAGUCCAGCGGCUAUGAUGUACUCACCCAGGACUUCUCCAACGCCUCCCUGCCCGUCUUCUUCUCCGAGUAUGGUUGCAACGCAGUCAAGCCUCGUAUUUUCACCGAGGUCCAGGCCCUGUACGGCGAGGAAAUGACUCAGGCCUUCUCGGGCGGUCUGGUGUACGAAUGGACCCAGGAAGAGAACGAGUUCGGUCUGGUCAAGAUCGAAAACGAUGGCAGUGUGGAGACCUUGGUUGACUACGACAAUCUGCAGAAGCAAUUCAACAAGCUCGACAUCAGCCGUAUCUCUGCCAGCAACGACACCCAGACGAGUGUCACCCCGCCCACCUGUGAUCCCUCGCUGAUCACCAACUCCACCUUCUACAACGCCUGGAAUCUGCCCGAGGCCCCGUCGAAGGUGUCCGACUACAUCAAGAACGGUCUGCCCAACAAGCCAGUCGGCUCCUUGGUUCCCGUCACCGGCGGAAAGAUCUCGCAGAAGGUAGUGGACCACAACGGUAACGAGAUCAAGAACGUGGAGCUCAAGGUCCUCGCCAACGAUGCGGUCAACACCCCUUCCGCCCUCAACGCUGACACAUCCUCGAACUCGUCGUCUACCUCUUCCGCGACUGGAUCCGCCUCGGGCACCAAUACCGCGUCGUCUGCCUCCGGCACCGCCACCAAGACUAAUGCUGCCUCCUUGCUGAACGGCUUCCCCGCUGUGACUCUUGGCGGGUUGAGCGGCUUCUUCAUGCUGCUCGCUUCUCUUCUGUAG